CUUAAGUGCAGGUUUUUUUUUUUUUCUUCUUCCCAUAACUCCAUACGCGGUCGCCCACACUGGUAAAUCAUUCGUCCCGAUUUAAUACCGAACGGAUUGAAGCCUCCACCGAGUACGUCCAUCAUUACUUUAUUGUUCUAAGGCAUCGUUCAUUUUCUUUUUGGACACUUUCCUGUCCGGAUAAACUCGUCUCGGUGCGCUUUGAAACUUCUCGGCCUAGCUUAACUCUUUAGCCGCAAACGGAGAGACGCGUUUGGUAGCAACACAUCGCUAAGCUAAGUGGGAGAGUGGGGGGAAAAUGUGUGCAAACCGUGUGAAAGAUGAAGAGUACGAGCAGGAACUUUGUGGAAUAAAAGAGGAGAACCAACGUCAACCACUGGACGCGGUUUGCAAGAAGCCUCGACUUGUGUUAAACAGAGCAGAUGGCAGUGGAACUCAUGAAGGCCUUUCCACAAAUUCCCAUCAUAUAUUUUGGGAACCCACAGAUGGAGAUAGCAAAUGAAAGGAAAAUUACUCAUAGCAUCAGGAUUUGAUUUCUCCAUGCACUGUGGCAUGUGCUCAAUGGUGAAGCCACCAGGAAACAGGUCCUUCCAUGACCAACUGGAUGUCAGUGAAAAAUAUCUCUUCCUUGAGCAACAGGGGCCAAAGCCCCCCAACAUUAAAGUGAAAGAUGAGCCGGAACCCCCCCACAUUACAAAGGAAGAGGCGCCAGUGUCCCUCCAAAUUAAAUUGGAAGAGAAGCCAGAUAACCCCCAGAUUAAAAAGGACGCGGAGGAUGAUAUCACCAAGUUUCAAUUGACCUUUGUCCCGUUAAAGAGUGGAGAAGAUGUAGACAAAAUUAAAAGUGGGGAGAACAGAAGGGUGGAGACUCCAAGCUGCAGCUCAAGUCAAAACAGGACAUCAGAAGGUAAUGGUGACCACUGUGGCCGAUCCCACACAGAUAGUGACAACACAGCGUCACACUCUGUGAGAACCAUGGCAGAACAAACACUUCCGGGAAAUACAAAAAUGCCCAUCCCUCGUUUGCCAACAACUGGGCGUACUACUAAAAAACAGAAACAGAGCGAAGAAACCAGAAAGGCAAAAAAAAGGGAAUUGGGGAGAUCCAGAGGCAAAACAAGGAUAAAUAUAGGAAAUGCCUUUCAGAGGUGGCGGCAACUCAGAGACCUGAUGGAACUCAAAAGCGACACGGACUUUGCAAAUUUUCUGCUCGACAUGUAUGAAAAGGAUCCAUCAAGUUUGACGCCUUUGAAACAGAGGUCCCUGAAAACACUCCCUGCCCCCGUUUCAACAAUGGUUACAGGUUCGCUUUCUGAGCAAGAUGAGGAUUCCUCAGAAGGUCGUGGAGUUGAGAUGGACAUCAGCUCAGAGGAGACCGAGCUCCAGGAGUUGGACCCAAGUUUGUCAUCGGUGGACAUAAAGGAAUUCAACGACAUGCAAAACUCCAUCAUUGACUGGGAAGAUAAAGACCAUGACACGUGGCGUAAUGAAAAAGAUGCAUCAAAUGACUCAUCUCUGGAAGAUAAUGGAACUUUAGAUGCUACCUCAGAUGACAGCGAUAAUGAGGAUUUUAGGCCUCGUAUUUGCGUAAGAACUGGGGCUGCUCUGAAAAGUCUGAUGCGUUUGGAUGCCCUUCAAACAGUCGGCAUGGAGGAUAUGGUCCAUGAUGAUCCUGAAUCCAUGCCAGACCCAACAACAGCAGAGAGACAAACAUUCCCUGGUGCAGUAAAAGUAACGGUUGAUGAUGACAUAGUGGGAAAACCUGCAUCCAUCGUAUAUCAUAACAGUCUGAUGCAGCUUAUCCAGUAUCUCUAUCUACCAGUCAACAUUUGUACAGCUAAGGAUCCCCAAAAAAAGACAGAAUGCCAAGCACCUGGACCAUUUGAGAUCCAUAUCACGUGCAGAGGAACUGCUUCUGUAGUUCAUUGGAUGUGUUCUCGUGGCCAUAUAGUUUGGAAAUGGGCCUCCCAGCCCAUGAUGAAUUACGGAAUGUUGGCAGGGGACUUCAUGUUGGCCACCAAUAUCUUACUGUCUGGAAACAACUAUGAAAAGAUCUGUCUGCUUUUCAAAUUCAUGCAAAUGGGGACAGUGGAUAGAUCAACAUUUUUCAGAAUACAGAACAGCUACUGUGUGGACACUGUGAAGACGUUCUGGAAUUAUAACAGAGCCGCGAUCAUCACUGAUCUUAAAUCUAAAGGACCUGUUGUGGCACUUGGAGGUGCCUGGACAGACAGACCUGGUUUCUGUGCCCAAUACUGUACUUACACUGCCAUAGACAAUGACUCCAAAAAAAUUAUAAGUAUGUGCAACAUUGACAAGGGUGAGACUUUGAGAAAUUCUGUUGUCAUGGAGAAGGAGGGCUUUAUGAGAACAUUUGAGACUCUCCUAGAAGAGGUUCACCUCAAGGAAAUCUGCACAGACACUCGCACACAAAUUUCACCCCUCUUCAACAAUGGGAAAUACAAAGACAGUGGCGUCGUACAUUCUCUGGAUGUGUGGCAUGGAGCCAAAACCUUGUGGAAGAAAAUUCAUGCAGCAGGAAAGCAAAAAGGCUGCAGCAUUCUCCAUGCGUGGAAUAAAGAUAUUUGCAACCACUUCUGGUUUUGUUGCAAGACUGCAGGUGACACAGAGGAGUUCUUUUACCUGUGGAGUGGAGUCCUCAACCACGUGCAAGGAAUACAUAAAUGGGAUUUAGGUUCCUGUCAGCACGGGCCGUUGGAGGAUGACCGAGAGAAAUUGAUCUGGAGACACACUGAGGCCCACAAAAGACUGACUGACAUUGUUAUGGCUCCAAGAUGGCUAAAGCAAAUCCCCAAAUAUCUGUCUUUCAGGUCCACUGCAGAGCUGGAGUCAUUUCAUAACCAUAUCUUGAUUUAUGCCAGCAAACGUUUCAACUUUAGACCACCUGUGUAUGCUGCUCGCACAAUGCUGGCCGCCCUCGACUACAACCAUCAUAUUGAUAGACCAGCUAAAAGGAGGCAUGAUGGCUCUAUACAGUAUGGCAAAGUGUACAACAAGAAGUCCAGUAGGUGGAGUCUUUACGCAUUGCAGGUGGAAAAAGACUAUAGUUAUAUCUCACAAAUUCAGAGUGCCAUUGUGAGCAAAAGGUUGUCUGCCAGCCGUGGCCUGCCGCAGACCACCGCGCUAAGGCCUGAUGAUCAUCGGCCUAUUGUCAGCUAAACUUCAGCCAACUCCUCAGAGGCCAAGAUGUGUUUUACUGUAAUCUAUUGGCUGUUUGUGAAAUAAUAACUUACAGCCAUGUUUAAUGUACAGUAGUUAAAAUACUAUAACCGCUUUCAGGACAUUACUGACUAAAGACAUUCUUUAAAUUUCUCCAAUAAUGCCAUCUAGUGUAUUGGUGGUAAUUUUGAUUUCUUGUCCAGUUUCAUCCAAAAUUUGAAGAAAAAAGUGUUAUUAGUAUUUUGAGUUGUGUGAAAUAGUUAUUGUUAUCGAAAUGUGAGAUUCUUUUUGAAGGAUAAUCACUGAUACGAGAUUGAACUCACACAUGAGCCAGUGCUGGAAUACUGGACAAACCUGUUUAAAUUACUGUAAUUAAACCAUGUCUAUAUCAUGUAAAUAAAAUGUUUGAAUAUUU